AGCCAGGGUGACCACCAGGGGAGACCUGGGGGAAGGGCGAGCUCCUCUUGAUCCGUUUCAAUCCUCCGGCAGCAAAGACCCAGGAUCGCAAAGGACACUCUACUCGCUCGGACGUGUCUAUUGACCCAAGGUGUUAAGCCCACGCAGGGGAAACUUCGCAGAACCCAAGAACACCGGGAAGGAUUUUUGUACUGAGUUCUAUAAAACCACAUUUGCUCUCGAGAGGAUCUGAUUCUGGGGGAUCCUUCGCCGCCUCCUACAAAAAGUUGUCCCUGGGAGCGAGAUUCCUGCCAUGGAGCUAUCCGCUGGUCUCUUUCUCCUUCUGAUGCUUGGAGUCGGCACAACCAACCGGAUUCCAGAGACCAGUGAUGACAACAGUGUUUUCGAUUUCUUUGAGUUAAUUGGCUUUGGCCGCAAGGGAGGUCACAAAGGAAUGGGGGUGCAUCCGACCAAAGGACUGGAGGCUUUCAGCCCUGCCUACCGCAUAGACGAUGCCAACCGUAUCCCUGCGGUUCCUGAUCACAUAUUUCAAGACAUUCUGUAUUCCAUCCAAGCUGAGAAGGGCUUCAUCUUGUUAGCUAAUCUUCGCCCGAUAAAGAAGGUUGCUGGCACCAUACUGGCCGUGGAGCGCAAGGACAAUUCUGGCUACAUUUUUAAGUUGGUGCUAAAUGGCAAGGCAAAAACUUUGGACCUGAGUGUCUUUCCCGAUGAAGGUAACCAAAGUUUGGUGUCAGUGGAGGAGGUGAAGUUGCCCCUUGCGCGAUGGAGUAGCAUCACCCUCUUUGUGCAAGAAGAUCAGGCUCAGCUCUACGUAGGCUGUGAUAAAAUGACAAACGUGGAGCUGGAAAUUCCUAUUCAAGACAUCUUCACUCGGGAUCUGUCCAACAGAGCCAGGCUCCGUCUUGCUAAAGGAGGAGUUAAUGACAACUUCCAGGGAAUGCUGCAGAAUGUGCGGUUUGUGUUUGGAACUACGCUGGAAACCAUCCUGAGGAAUCAAGGCUGUCAGAUCUCUACUGGAACACUUAUUAAAUUAGACAACCCCAUGAAUGACUCCCGCCCAGCCAUUCGCACCAACUACAUUGGCCAGAAAACCAAGGACAUCUGUGGCUUUUCUUGUGACGAUCUAACCAAAAUGUUUCUAGAACUGCAAAGACUGCGUGCCCUGGUUGUAAAAGUUCAAGACUAUGUCGAGCAGGUGGAACUUAUCGCCCCAAAUAUAAUAAAGAAAGGAAUAUGCUUCCACAAUAAUGUUGUGUAUGAAAAUGCAGCUGAAUGGACCACUGAUACCUGUACCACAUGUACCUGCCAGAAUUCUGCUGUAAUGUGUCAUAAAGCAUCUUGUCCUGUCAUGCCUUGUUCCAAUGCCACCGUUCCUGAUGGUGAAUGCUGCCCACGAUGUUGGCCAAGAGAUUCUGCAGAUGAUGCUUGGUCUCCCUGGUCUGAAUGGACCUCUUGCUCUACAACCUGUGGCAAUGGGAUUCAGCAGAGAGGCCGCUCUUGUGACAGAAUCAACAAUCCUUGUGAAGGCUCCUCUGUGCAAACACGGAUAUGUAACAUGCAAGAAUGUGAUAAGAGAUUCAGACAGAAUGGUGCUUGGAGCCAUUGGUCCCCUUGGUCUUCCUGCUCUGUUACUUGUGGAACUGGGUUAAUUACUCGAAUCCGUCUGUGCAAUUCUCCACUUCCUCAGAUGGGAGGCAAAACGUGUGAAGGGGAGGCACGCGAAAACAUGCCUUGCCAGAAAAGCCCAUGCCCAAUUAAUGGGAACUGGGGACCAUGGUCACCUUGGGAUGCCUGUCCAAUUACAUGCGGAGGAGGCAUUCAGAAACGCAGCCGUCUCUGCAAUAAUCCAGAGCCCAAAUAUGAAGGGAAGGAUUGCAUUGGUGAUGCAACAGCCACUCAGAUGUGCAACAAGCAGGAUUGCCCAAUCGAUGGAUGUCUGUCUAAUCCUUGUUUUGCGGGAAGUAAAUGCACUAGUUUCCCUGAUGGUUCCUGGAAAUGUGGUCCGUGCCCUGCUGGCUAUCAAGGAAAUGGAAUUAGAUGCAAAGAUAUCGAUGAAUGCCAAGAGGUCCCAGAUGCAUGCUUUGUACUUGGUGGAGUACACAGAUGUGAGAAUACUGUACCUGGUUAUCACUGCCAGCCUUGUCCCUCCCGCUUCACUGGACCACAGCCUUUUGGUCGAGGUGUGGAAGAUGCAAUGGCAAACAAACAGGUAUGCAAGCCACGUAACCCAUGUGCUGAUGGAACUCACACCUGCAACAAAUAUGCCAAGUGCAUCUACCUUGGACACUUCAGUGACCCAAUGUAUCGCUGUGAAUGUAAACCAGGGUAUGCCGGCAAUGGGGUUAUCUGUGGAGAAGACACUGACUUAGAUGGAUGGCCAAAUGAGGACCUUCUCUGUGUUGCCAAUGCUACUUACCACUGCACUAAAGAUAAUUGCCCCAACCUUCCCAAUUCUGGACAAGAAGAUUAUGAUGGUGAUGGAAUUGGUGAUGCCUGUGAUGAUGAUGAUGACAAUGACAACAUUCCUGAUGAUAGGGAUAACUGUCCAUUCCAUUACAAUCCACAACAAUAUGACUACGAUAGGGAUGAUGUUGGUGAUCGUUGUGAUAAUUGCCCAUACAAUCACAAUCCUCUUCAGAUAGACACAGACCAGAAUGGAGAAGGCGAUGCCUGUGCUGUGGAUAUUGAUGGAGAUGGCAUUCUUAAUGAAAGAGACAACUGCCAGUAUGUGUACAAUGUGGAUCAAAUAGAUUCAGACUUGGAUGGUGUUGGAGAUCAGUGUGACAACUGUCCAAUGGCGCAUAAUCCAGAUCAGAUGGAUUCAGAUUCCGAUCGCAUAGGGGAUAAGUGUGAUGACAACCAGGAUAUUGAUGAAGAUGGCCACCAGAAUAAUCUCGAUAACUGUCCUUAUGUGCCCAAUGCAAACCAAGCUGACCAUGACAAAGAUGGGAAAGGGGAUGCCUGUGACCACGAUGAUGACAAUGAUGGCAUUCCCGAUGACAGAGAUAAUUGUAGAUUGGUUCCCAACCCCAACCAAGUUGAUUCAGAUGGUGAUGGGCGGGGAGAUGCAUGCAAAGAUGAUUUUGACAAUGACAAGGUUAAUGACAUUGAUGACGUCUGCCCUGAGAAUGUUCACAUAAGUGAGACAGACUUCCGUCGAUUCCAGAUGAUUCCCUUGGAUCCGAAGGGAACAUCUCAAAUUGAUCCCAACUGGAUUGUUCGUCACAAAGGCAAAGAACUGGUUCAGACGGUCAACUGUGAUCCUGGACUUGCUAUUGGUUUUGAUGAAUUCAAUGCUGUUGACUUCAGUGGUACUUUCUUCAUUAACACGGAAAGAGAUGAUGACUAUGCUGGCUUUGUAUUUGGGUAUCAAUCCAGCAGCCGUUUUUAUGUGGUCAUGUGGAAGCAGGUUACCCAAACAUAUUGGGAAUCACAGCCAACCAAAGCUCAAGGAUAUUCAGGUCUUUCUAUCAAAGUAGUGAACUCUACCACAGGUCCUGGAAUGCACCUUCGUAAUGCCUUGUGGCAUACUGGAAAUACUAUUGGACAGGUAAAGACCCUGUGGCAUGACCCUCGUCAGAUAGGUUGGAAAGAUUUCACUGCUUAUAGAUGGCGUCUCAGUCACAGGCCCAAAACUGGCUUCAUUAGAGUGGUAAUGUAUGAAGGAAAGAAGAUCAUGGCUGACUCUGGCCCUCUCUAUGACAAAACCUAUGCUGGUGGUCGCUUAGGACUGUUUGUCUUCUCUCAGGAAAUGAUAUUCUUCUCUGAUCUAAAAUAUGAGUGCAAAGAUCAAUGAUUGGAAGGCAAUUAAUUAGAGAAAUUCGAAAUGCUGGUAUUGCACCUUCUGAACAGUUAAAUUUCUAGGAACCUUGGGGGAACCAUUUGUUGUGUUGUGUUUUGGCUUUUUGCUCAUUCCUCUCUUCCUGCCUUCAUGAGACUCAGACUACAUGACCUGUUUCGAGGGAAUGCUGUUGAGAGAGAGAGAAAUUUGCAAAUCUUCCCAUCUCAUCUCUGUUAGCAGAGAAGAAACAUGUCUUUCAGGAACAAGAACAUUCCUCUGCUUCAGAAAUGAAUAGACAUUUCUUUGAGAAAUAUGUUUGUAGUAGCUGGGCAUUGUCACUGCCUCUUUUUAACUGGAGGUCCAAUGGAUCAGCACUUUUGCAACAAGGGUAUUUUUGUAUGGACUACUUAAAAAUUAAACCAGAGGUUUCAACCUAUAGAGGAAGGAAAGGAAGAAAGUUUGAGUUAGGUUUGAGUUUUCCUCCCUUUCUAAAAGACGGCUAUGCUUCCUAGGGUUCAUGUCAAGGUAAAUUGGAUGAAUCGUUACACACUGUCCUGGAUCAUUAUCCAGUGCACAUUUGCUCAGGCAUAAGCCCCACUUAAUUCAGCAGUAUGGAUCACUUUAUGCUCACACCUAAGAUUAUACCUUAGUUCUGUGUCCACAAAUAGGGCCUAUUUUGCUUAAUUGUGUAGGAAAAUACUUGCAAGUUAUACUUGCUAACUAGUCACAUGCAAUAUUAACAUUUUUUUUUUAAAUUACAAUGGGGCAAAUGAAAACAAUCAUGGCACUUUUGAUUCAAGUAGGGUUUUUUUGUGGGGGGGGGGGAGGACAGCAAGGAACAUAUGGGUAAAGCAAGAUUUCCUGUGCUGCUGCAUCCAAGAUCUGGUUCUCAUGCAGAUCGGGCAACAAUAUUAAAAGUGUCAAAAAGCACUUUCAUCUCAAUUUAGCACUUGUGGUGGCCUUCAGCAAAUUUUCAUAAACAUUUUUAUGAAAAUUUCAAAAGCACAAUGAGUGGCGAGUACAGUUAAAUGCAAAAUUCUGUUCUACACAAUGCAAGGGUGAGGGUUUUUUUAAAAAAAAAUGUUCCAAAAAAAGGGGUUUUGUGGAAGACAUCUGUAGAUAAAAUAAAUGUAAAAUAUUUAUUUUUUACCUAUCCUGCCUGUUCCAAAUAACAAAGGACUGUAGAUUGAAACGGAAACAAUGCGUCAAGACUAUCCAUUUUGCUACAUUUUUCUAUGACAGAAAGAUUGUAAAUAAAGGUUAUUUAUUGUUCUAAAUGAAUUUUGAUAGUUACUUUUAAUACUAUUUUAGAUUGCAAAGAGUAAGUUCCCCUAAGCAAUGUGGAACAAUAGGGUAGGAAUUGUUCUCAGUAUGUUUUCUUCCUCUGUGCAAAACAGCUGACAAAGUAACCAAGCAGGCUACUUAUUGUUGUAUUGCCAAAGCAGAAAAAUGUAUACAUGUUGACUGUCCCUGUCGGUCAAGAAAAAAAAUGGAAUAGCUUCAAAUCACCGUAGGUCACAUUCCUUUGACCUAUGAUAUUUGCACAGGAGGUAUUUGUGUGUUAGCUUUGCCACCUUUGUAAUAUUGCUGGCUAAGAUUAUGGUACAUUCAUGUUGGUCAAUAUGCCAAAUAAAAAAGAAAAAAUAUUUUGGAGGAUACGGAGAACUUCAUUCCAACAGAAUACCCAAUUUUCUCACCAGUAUGGACUGCAGAAGACACAUUGCAAGGGGGAGGGGCAUGUUUGGAGCAUCAUUUGAAGACUGCUUGUAGUGUAAGGCUAGCUUCACUUUCUCUCCAACCCUGUUACUAGAAAACAAGGAAUGUCAAAGGCGAAUUUUUUAAUAUACAAAUAUUACCUCAUUGUUGUUUGACUGAAAAAUGAAAAAAAACCUUUGAAUCAAGCAGAGUUUAAAUAUCUAACAAAAUUUAAAGCUACUGUAGUAUUAGAAGGAGGUUUUUUUUUAAUAAAAAAUAUAUAUUGCAAGUUGUAUAUAGUCAAAAUUCAUAUUCCCAGUAAGAAAACAGCAUUGGAACAGUGCUGAGAACUAUUUCUUAUAUUCUGUUAGAUUUUUUUUCUCUUUGACAACUUGUAUUCCAUUCCUUGAAUUUGUAUAAAUUAUUUUUUUUUCAUAACUGUUGGAAUAGUUAAUCUCCUGUUUGUGUAGAUGUUCUAUUUAAAUAAAUUAUCAGGAAAUGCUA